AUGUCGAAACGAAAGCAUUCGGCGCUCGAGGAUGACUUGCGUCCUGAGGCGGCCAAUGAUUUUAGAGCGACCCGACUCCGCCACCGGUUUGAGCGUGGGACGCAGCUUUUGUUCCGUGCUUUGAAGACUGCCCGUGGCUUUGAGAGGCAGAAAUUGGGCCGGCGACAGAAGACUGCCGGCCAAGAGGAGGACAAUAAAGCCUUGGAAAGACUGGGGCAAGAAGUACAGGUCCUGAAGAGCCUCAACUUGGAAGAAACAGCACAGCGGUAUUUACUCAAACAACUGCAAAAGACUAAACGCAUCGCCGAAUCACCUGAAUAUGUUCGAUUAGCAAAGACUGCCUCGGUCUCAACAUCGGGACCACGAGAUCCAGCCGAAGCCAAUGUUACCGCGAGGCUAUUUAAGUCCAACCCCGUUCAAAGUGCACUCCCGGAGAUCCUGGACGGCAUUAGAAGCCUGCUGGGGCUAGACGAGGACCCGAAAAAUCAGAGCACAAACAAGAAAUCUGAAAAGAAUGAAAAAGUGAAAGAGAAAAAGCAGACUGCUCAAGUGCAGAGACCGGAAAGCGUCUCCGAUGAUGAAUUGGACGAAAACCCAAAGCCGAAUCGCGGGAAUGUGGGCGACAUCAGCAAUGGCGAGGGAUCAGACGCAGAGAGUCUCGAAUUUGCCCAGUUUGACGACCGUCUUGCUUCCGCCUCAGAUGACUCAGACUCUGAAAUGGACCUCGAUACAAACCCACCAAAUCGACCCUACGACGCCACAGCCGACCUUUCUGUUUCGUCGGGCUCGGAAUCAGCGGCCUCUUCCAAAUCCCCACCAGCCUCUAAAAUAAAGGGACGGCAAAAGCUUCGAGCAGACGAGACUCCCAAGGAUACAACCUUCCUUCCUUCGCUUAUGAUGGGCGGUUACUGGUCAGGGACCGAAUCCGGUGAGGAUAGCGAUACUCCCAAAGGCCCACCUCAACGCAAGAACAGAAUGGGACAACAAGCUCGUCGCGCUUUGGCGGAGAAGAAAUACGGUAGCGGUGCCAAACAUCUGCAAAACGACAACAGAAACGGUAACAACGGUAAAAACGCUGGCUGGGAUAGCCGCAGGGGAGCGACGAAUGGAUCUGACUCUAGGCCUAGAUGGGGCAAAGGACAGACAGGUCGACCUUUUGACAAAGGGGGGAAUAGAGACGACAGGAUAGACAAGCCGACGCAAAGAGCUGCUCCAUCAAAUGCUAAUGCACCUUUGCAUCCGUCUUGGGAAGCAGCGCGCAAGGCUAAAAUCGAGAAAUCCCAGGCUUCGUUUCAAGGGAAGAAGAUCACAUUUGACUAG